UUCGGUGAGAAACAGCAAAAAUGAAGUUAGACGUGAACGCGCUGCGCUACCUCUCUAAAGAUGAUUUCCGAGUCCUCACGGCUGUGGAAAUGGGCCAGAAGAAUCACGAACUGGUACCAAUUGAGCUAAUUGAUAGCAUUUCAGGCUUGAAGCAUGGCGGCACUUUUAAGAGCAUUAAGACCCUAAUGCGGCACAAGCUGCUACACCACGACAGCAAGUACUAUGAGGGCUAUCGCUUAACGUACAUGGGUUAUGACUUCCUGGCCAUCCGCGCGCUGGUCAGCAGGGGCCACAUUAGCGGCGUCGGCCGCCAAAUCGGCGUCGGCAAGGAGUCGGAUAUCUUCGAAGUAACAAAUGAUGACGGCGAGGUAUUUGCGCUAAAGCUGCACCGUCUUGGCCGCACGUCUUUCCGCGCGGUCAAGUCCAAGCGCGACUACUUGGGCCGGCGUCAGAACUACAGCUGGCUGUACCUCAGCCGUCUGGCAGCGCUCAAGGAGUUUGCGUUCAUGAAGGCGCUGUACGAGCACGGCUUCCCGGUGCCCCAGGCCAUCGACAACAACCGCCAUGCCGUACUCAUGGGCCUGGUCAACGCACGACCCAUGGUGCAGAUCCGCACCAUGGCCCACCCCGCCAGCGUGUACCUCUCCUGCAUGGAGCUCAUAUCGCGGCUGGCAGGCAAGGGACUAAUCCACUGCGACUUCAACGAGUUCAACCUGCUCAUUGAUGAGGACGAGGAGCUCACCCUCAUCGAUUUCCCGCAGAUGGUCUCCGUCACACACGCAAACGCGGAGGAGCUCUUCUACCGCGAUGUAGACUGCAUCAUCCGCUUCUUCAGCAAGAAGAUCGGGUACGUGCCAGAACAGGAUCCCAAGCUGCCGUACGUACGGCCUGUGUUUGCCGAGGUGGUUGCGGCUGCGGCGGCGGACGGCGAGGGUGCAUUGGAUGUGGAGUUGGAGGCGAGCGGCUUCCGGCGGCAGGACCAGCAGGCGUUGGAGGAGUACCUGGCGGGGGCGCGAGAGGAGGAGGAGGAGGAGGGGGACGAGGAGGAAGGGGAAGAGGAGGAGGAGGAGGAAGGGGAGGAGGAGGAGGGG